CAUUCAAAUACACACAACUACAAAUCUGAACUGUUUCGAAAAUCAUGAUUUACAAAAAAGCUCUGAUAAAGCUCAAAUACUAAAUCUUUUUCCAAUAAUGAAAUGUCACACAACCACGUGACAUUUCAAAUUACGCUGUUAUCAUUAUAACAUUUGCUACCGCGAAUUUGCUACGUGUUUCUAUCAUCUUCUGCAAAUUUGAUAAUCCCUUUUUUUUUAAAGCUGAGAAAAAAUGGAAUAUUUAAGAGAAGGUCUUCUUCUAGGUUGUGGAAACCCGUUGUUGGACGUCAUUGCUACUGUAGAUGAUGCAUUUCUUCAGAAAUAUGGUUUGAAACCAGAUGACGCGAUUCUAGCGGAUGAAAAAAAGCACAAAAAUCUUUAUAAAGAGUUGGCGGAACAUGAUUCUGUACAAUAUAUGGCUGGCGGUUCAUGUCAGAAUUCUCUGCGGGUAGCCCAAUGGAUUUUGCGUACUCCCAAGGUUGCUGUAUUCUUUGGCUGUGUUGGUGUGGAUGAUUACGCAGAAAAAUUAGCAGAAAAAGCACGUGCUGAUGGCGUGAACGUUAUUUAUCAACAAAACGAUUCACUUCCCACGGGAACAUGUGCAGUGGCAAUAACUAACCAUCAUCGAUCUCUGUGUGCGAAUUUGGCAGCAGCCAAUGCCUUCACAGCGGACCAUAUCAAUCAACCAGAAAAUCGUAAAGUUAUCAAAAACGCCAAAUAUUUCUAUGUCACUGGAUUUUUUUUGACAGCUAGUUCUGAAACUGUGCAAGCUGUGGCUAAGCAUGCACUUGCUGCGAAUUCUCCAUUUCUGAUGAAUUUAAGUGCUCCAUUUUUGGCUCAGUUCUAUAAUAAAGAAUUGAUGGAAGCACUGUCUUUUGCUGACAUUGUGUUUGGCAAUGAAAUCGAGGCUCUUGCGUUCGCCAAAGAAGAAUGCUUCGAAACUGAAGACUUGCGUGAGAUUGCUCUCAAAAUCUGUAGACUUCCCAAGCAAAAUGAAAAUCGUAGUCGCAUUGCAGUUAUAACACAAGGAAAAGAUCCUGUACUUCUGGCACAAAAUGGAAAAGUGGUAGAGAUUCCAGUGGACGCAUUGACCAAUGACGAAAUUGUAGAUACAAAUGGUGCAGGUGACGCAUUUGUCGGAGGUUUUUUAGCCCAAUUUAUUCAAGAAAAGUCGCUAGAAACAUGUGUACGUUGUGGAAUCUGGGCAGCAAGAGAAAUAAUAAAGAGAUCUGGUUGUUCGUUUGACGGUGAAGCAUGCUUCCAGGAAUAAAAAGAAAGAUGGUUUUAUGUUUUUAAGCAAAUUGUUUAUAAUAAUCAGUGGAUUAAAAAAUUAAAUAAAAACAUUCGUAAUACCAAACUUUUCCGUA